CGCUCUGCCCGCUUUCUGCAAAUCUAACAGUCACUUCGGGCUGGUAGGAAAUUAUAUCAAUCCCAUCCAUUACAUCUCUCUCACCAGUCACCACAACCCCGCCAUCCCAUCUUCUGCCCCGUUUCACUACUCCAUCCCCCACAAUCUACUACUAGAUCAAUAUGGCUACCGCUCAGGCUGAGAAACCAGCCACCAAAACCUUUGCUAAUGAUCCUGAUGAUGUCUCCGACUACGAUUCCGAGGAUGACUAUUCUGACGAUGACACCCAACAAAAGCCUCAACAACAGCAGCAACAACAACAACAACGCCGUCGUCGUCGUCCCCGGCAGCAAGACCCCAACGAUGAAGACGGCACCUACUAUUCCGAUGAGUACUCGGAUGAUUACGAUGACUACGACGACUACGACGAUGAAGAUGAUGACUACUACGACGACGAGGAAGAAGAAGUCCAGGCCAUGGAACGCUACCAGCCCACCACCAUCAGCAGCCGCGACAAUGUGCCGGCACAACCGAUCGCAAACGGCGGUAUGCAAGAAGCGGAAGGUAAAACCGGCGAUGACUGGGAGGAUCAAGACGGAAUGAAAUUGAAAUUGGAAUUGAACUUGGAUAUUGAAGUCGAACUAAAGGCUCAUAUUCAUGGUGACUUGACGUUGUCGUUGCUCGCAUGAUUUCGCCUCUCGCCUCUUGCCUUUUUGCCUCCAGCACCGCUGCAUUUCUAUCAUGUUCAUCCGUCUUUCCUCCGUCGCCGAAUCCCGAGCGUGUUCGGUCGUCGUCGAAUAGAACCAAAUCAAUCUUCCGGCC